GCUGCUUAAUUCUAUCUCUUUUGAUCUAUAAAUUUGUAUUAUAAUUAUUGAAGAGAAGUUUUUGAAGAGAGAGAGAGAGAGAGAGAGAGGAAGAAAGAGGGUAGUUUUCAUGGAGGCUCAACAAGCUUUGGCAACCAUUGAUGAUGAUAGAGUUCAAUCAACUGGAGAAGGAAAUGACGAAGCUUCUCCCAACUCUAAACAACGUAUUCAUCUUAAGGUCGUCACUUCUAUGGGUGACUUGGAAAAGCCCUUCAUGGAAACUCUUUCAGUACCAUCAGCUUCUAAUUCAACUUGGAAGGAAGAGGAUGAUGAGCAACAUCAUCAACAUCAUGAAGAAAGAAUGAAAAGGACGAAAGUUGAAAUGAGGGAAGUAAAGGAAGAAAACGAGAGGUUAAAGAAAUAUUUGGAUGAGAUAAUGAAAGAUUAUGAGACAUUGAAAAGGAAAUUCCAUGAGAUUAAGUAUAAUCAUGAUCAUGAUCAAAUUAGAGAAGAUCAUCAAGGCAAAAGAUCAACACAAACAAGUGGAAGUACAAUAAAUAAUAUUAAUAACAAUGAUGAUGAUGAUCAUCAUCAUCAAGUUGAAGCUGAAGUUGAUGACAUGGUUUCACUCACAUUAGGAUCAUCAAGAUUCUCAACCCAUCAUCAAAACAAGAACACUUCUUCUUCUUCUUCUUCCUUCUCUCUAACUAAUAAGAUCUUAGAUCUCAAACAAGAUUAUGUUAUUCAAACCCCAUCAAUUAUUGAUCACAAUAUUCAUAGUCCAACCCAUAGUGAACCUAAAGAUCAGGAAGAAGCCGGACAGACGACUUGGCCCCCGAGUAAAAUGUCGAAACCUGGCGGUUUGCCCUCACCUGCUAUCGGAGAAGAUGAAGUUUCUCCACAGAAUCCUCCUAAGAAAGCUAGGGUUUGUGUUAGAGCUCGAUGUGAUACUCCAACGAUGAACGAUGGAUGUCAAUGGAGAAAAUAUGGACAAAAGAUAGCAAAAGGAAAUCCAUGCCCUAGAGCUUAUUAUCGAUGCACCGGUGCACCCACUUGUCCCGUUAGGAAACAGGUACAAAGGAGUGUUGAUGAUAUUUCCAUACUAAUAACAACCUAUGAAGGAACUCACAACCAUCCUCUACCUGUUUCAGCCAUGGCCAUGGCUUCCACCACCUCCGCUGCCGCUUCGAUGCUCCUCUCGGGCCCUUCCUCCUCCUCCUCUACCUCCUCCCAACCUGGCCUAAACCAUUCAUGUACCGCUGCUGCGACCGCCGUGAAUCUUCAUGGAAUGAACAUGUAUCUCUCUAACAACACCAGUUCAAAGCAAUUCUAUUUGCCAAACUCUUCAAUGCUAUCUUCUUCUCUAAACCAUCCCACAAUCACUUUAGAUCUCACUUCAAAUCCUCCUUCAACUUCCUCCUCUUCUCCUUUCCACAAAAUUCCUUUAGUUAAUAAUAAUAAUAAUUAUAAUAAUUAUCCCCCAAAAUAUCCCUUCACAAAUCUUGAUUUUGCCUCUUCACAACCCAAUUUCAUGUCUUGGAAUAAUAAUAAUAAUAAUAAUGCUUAUGGUAAUAUUACCAAAAAUAGUAAUGCAAUAAUAGGAAUGGGAUCAGAUUUUGCUAAUAAACAACUUCCUCUUCAUACUAACAUCUACCAAGCUUAUCUUCAACAAAUUUCUAAAUCUUCAAUGACUCCGCCGCAACCGGCUCUACCGUCAGAUACGAUAGCAGCAGCAACUAAGGCAAUUACAUCGGACCCGAGUUUCCAAUCGGCAUUGGCGGCUGCGUUGAGCUCGAUUAUCGGAGGCGGGGAGACGGGUCCGAGUGUUUCUAGCUUAGUUGUUGGAGGAGGAGGAGGAGGACAAGGAAGUAUGGGGUUUGAGGCUGCAGCUAAGUCAUUAACAUGCUCUACUUCUAAGAGUACUCCUUCUUCAUCUCCUGGGGACAGUAGAGAUAAUGGGAAGUGAAAAGUUUGUGUGGAUGAUGAAUUUUAUAUUUAGAUCGAACAACUUGAGAUUUUUGUAAAUAACCCAUCAAAAGAUUAAGGGUUCUUUCUUUCUUUCUUUCUUUCUCCUUUUGAUCUUAUCAAGAAAUGUUCAUAUAUAUACAGAACAAAUUUUGUUAUGUGAAUUGAUCAAUUGAUUUUCA